UGAAGGAUUCCCUCACUUCUGCUGGAGAGAACUGAAGUUCAGAGAAGAUGAACAUCAGAACUGGAAUGGACUGAAACCUCAGAACUUUCAGAACAACAACAAAAAUACAUMAUUAAAGAUCUGUAGCUGGUGUGGAAAUCUGUUUCCUCUGCAAAGAUCUUCAGAAUGCAACAGAAUAGUCACUCUGAGGUGAAACCAUGCAGCUGUGAGAAGUGUGGGGAAGAUUUCAUCUCUUCCACCGACCUAAAAAAACAUCAGCUGAUCCACAGUGGGGUUAAGUCAUUCACCUGUGAGACGUGUUCAGAGUCUUUCAGACUCAGAAGGGAUUUAAAGACUCAUGAACAAAUCCACAGUGGGAAYAAGUCAUACAGCUGUAAUGAUUGUGGAAAAAGCUUCCGCACAGAAAARCAAGUCACAGCCCACAGAGUUGUCCACACUGGAGAAAAACCUUUCAGAUGUGACCAGUGUGGAAAAACGUUCAGUCAUAAAUCAAGCAUUUAUCUCCAUAAGCGAACCCACUCAGCAGACCCAGAGAAGCAGCUCCCCUGUGAUCAGUGUGGAAAGACUUAUAGAAAUUCUCUAAACCUGAAUGCCCAUAAACGAUUACACACUAAACCACAACGAUACUCUUGCAAUGAGUGUGGAAAAACCUUUGCAAAUCGUCUUCACUUUGGAGACCACCAGAUGGUUCACAGUGGAUUAAACCCCUACAGAUGUGACAAGUGUGGAAAAUGUUUCAUAGUAAGCACYUCUUUAAAGAAACAUCUCCUCCUCCACAUGGCUGAGAAGCCAUUUGUCUGYGAUGAGUGUGGAAAGGGUUUUAUUUGUAAGACUAGCCUCAGAACCCAUCAGCUUCUCCACACUGGAGUUAAACCCCACAACUGUGAAGAAUGUGGAAAGUGUUUCACAACAAGAGUCAAGUUAAAAACCCAUCAGAGAUUUCAUGUUCAGGGGAGAUGCUUCAUCUGCGAACAGUGUGGGAAGGCUUUCCACACCAAAUCAAAUCUCACAAGACAUCAGAGGGUUCACACUGGAGUUAAAUCAUUUUGGUGUGGGSAGUGUGGAAAAUCAUUCAGGCAUGAAGGAAAYUUAAAAAGACACAGCUUCCUCCACACUGACAGAAGGUUCUCCUGUGAUGCAUGUGGGGGAACCUUCACUGAGUGGGACCAGCUGAAAGCACAUCAGAUCAUCCAUAGGGGAGGAAGACCAUACUGCUGUGGUCUCUGUGGGAAACUCUUCAUCCGGAAGAUAUCCUUAGUGGCUCAUCAACGCAUUCACACUGGAGAUGAACCAUACAAAUGUGAGCAGUGUGGGAAAGUCUUCAGCCGAACUGACCGCCUCAGAGCCCACCAGAAGACCCACUCUGAGGAGAAACCAUACAGCUGUGAGCAGUGUGGGAAGACUUUCAAACUGUCCCGUUAUCUAAAACGACAUAAGAAGACUCACAGCAGCAAACCAGCAGUCUAGAGGACAUGGAGGAUUCACUGUGAGGUUGGUGAAGAUCUGGCUAGUUCUGAACUAUAGAACCCUUUUUUCUGGAUUAUUUUAUUAUAACUCAYGAAUCUGAAGCUGUUCAGGAUUKAAUUUCUCCUUAACUGAGAGUUUAGUCAAAUGUUAGUGCCAUGACUGUAAAAUGUUCCAGGAACCCUGACUACUUCUGUCUCUGUAUGUUUGUGGCUUUAGAAGCARAGCGGCGYAAAAGGAGCUGCUUGUCAGCCCAGUGAUGGUGGAGAACCAAACGGUUCUGGGAGAAAAGUCAGAAAAGAAAAAGCUUCAAAGUUCCAAAUGUGAAGUCAGUGAAGRCAACCUGAAGCUCAUCAGACUGAGGGGAAGGUUUCACCGUACCAGCUUCAGGAAACGUCCCUGAACUCAUCCUGAACAUUCAAAACCUUCAGAUCAGACUUCAGAGUUCAYGUUUCUAGUGUUAAUCCUCCUUUUCCAGCAAACCCUGACCUUUGACCUUUAAUGUCAUGUUACCAGGGAGCUUUCCCAUCAUUAUUUUUCUUUAAAAAUCACUCAGCUGUUGCUGACAUGUUUCAUAAUUAGAAGUUCCUGAUUCUCCCUGUUGAUGCCAUGUUUUGGUAGCUAGAGAGCUAAUGGUAGCUAGCACCAGAACUGGGUCAGCUGGUUCUGGAGGGGGGACCAACAGAACCAGCUUCAGAUCCAGCAGAGAUUUGUUACGAUGACUGCUGAGACAGAAGAUUUUCCUCAUGGAGAAAAUCUCUUCAGUUUGUUAAUGCAGCUCAAAGCUCUUACUUUGAAAGGUCUGAAUCYCAUUUCUUGUUGCUUCCUCUGUACCGGUGUCCAUAUUUGUCUCUAUCUCUGUGUCCUUCACUCUAGUCCCAGAUGCUUCAUUAGUGUCCAAAGUCYUGGCACAGAAGCAGAACUUGUGAAGGACCCGUAAAUGUUCUGGGAACGUCAUCGAGCAGCAGCAGAUGUCUGUUUUCCUUCUGCUUAAGAUUCAAACAUGACCCAUCAGAAUCCAUGAAAACUAAUACAUCAGUGCUUUUACUCUUCUUGAGAUAAUCAAAUAUUUGACCAGAGAAAUKAAUCAGUUUUGCAAUUUUCUACGUUUGAGAAGAUCUGGCAAUGAAAUGAGAGAAUAUCAGACUAAACCUGGUUGUUUCUUCAACUCUAAAGUAGGUUGAUUUAGAAAUAUUUCAUUUAUUCCUCAUGGAUUUUAUACAUCAGUAUGAACAUUAUGUUGGGCUGAAAGCUCUGCCCACUUCCAUGUUGCAGUAAAUGUUGGACCUUCCCACUUAUUUCUAUUCCAGGGUAGAAAAUGGGAUUCAAACUUGAUCUGUGCUCCAGGUUCUGAGUUGAUGUCCCAGUUGGACUGUUGUUCUGGUCUCUGUGUUUCUGAGCUGCUUCCAGCUCCAUGGUUGUGACAUUUGGAUCCUGUUGAAGGUUCUAAGUUCUGGAUGGUUGAAAAACUUUCCCUAAUGUUGCAGAUGAUGGAUAUGCUGCCACUAGCAGAAAAUGGACAGAACURYUUGUGUUGUUCCCUGUUCAGCCACCAGAUGGAGCCUCUUKCUGAGCAGAGUUUGGAAAUAUUGCUCYUGAAAAAUGUUGAUGAGUUUUGGUUUUUUCCGCUUUCACCAAUCAGCAUUUGCUUUAUUUUCCACCUGAACGGUUCAGUUUGUUCUUAUGAAAUGUUGAAAUAAAGAAAGUUGAACCUUCA